AUGCCUGGUUCAAUUCCAACAACAGUUACCCAUUUAUUUUUACUAGAUGGCUUUGAUCAACCACUUGAUUUUAUACCACCUUCCGUAGACUGUUUGCAUUUAGAAAACAUCAAGUAUCAAUUAGUACCUGGUUCAAUUCCAACAACAGUUACAAAUUUGUUUUUAGAAGAAGGCUUUAAUCAACCACUUGAUUUUAUACCAUCUUCCGUAGAAUUAUUGUAUUUAGAAAACAUCAAGUAUCAAUUAAAACAUGAUUCAAUUCCAACAACAGUUACAACCUUAUCUUUACUAGAUGACUUUGAUCAACCACUUGAUUUUAUACCAUCCACCGUAUUUUUUUUGCGUUUAGAAAACACUAAGUAUCAAUUAAAACCUGACUCAAUUCCAACAACAGUAAUACAUUUAUCUUUACUAGAUGGCUUUAAUCAAUCACUUGAUUUUAUACCACCCACUGUUAAAUACUUGUAUUUAGAAAACAUAAAGUAUCAAUUAAAACCUGAUUCAAUUCCAGAAACAGUUACAACCUUAUCUUUACUAGAUGACUUUGAUCAAUCACUUGAUUUUAUACCACCCACCGUAGAUUGUUUGCGUUUAAAAAACACCAAGUAUCAAUUAGUACCUGAUUCAAUUCCAGAAACAGUUACAAGUUUAUCUUUACUAGAUGGUUUUAAUCAAUCACUUGAUUUUAUACCACCCACCGUAGAUUCUUUGCUUUUAGAAAACACCAAGUAUCAAUUAAAACCUGAUUCAAUUCCGGAAACAGUUACACAUUUAUAUUUACUAGAUGGCUUUAAUCAAUCACUUGAUUUUAUACCACCCACUGUAGAAUACUUGUAUUUACAAAACAUCGAGUAUCAACUAAAACUUGAUUCAAUUCCAGAAACAGUUACAACUUUAUCUUUACUAAAUAGCUUUGAUCAAUCACUUGAUUUUAUACCAUCCACUGUGUAUAGUUUGCAUUUAGAAAACAUAAAAUAUCAAUUAAAACCAGAUUCAAUUCCCGAAACAGUUACACAUUUAUAUUUACUAGAUGGCUUUAACCAAUCACUUGAUUUUAUUCCGCCCACCGUAGAAUACUUGUAUUUACAUAACAUCGAGUAUCAACUAAAACCUGAUUCAAUUCCAGAAACAGUUACAACUUUAUCUUUACUAGAUGGUUUUGAUCAAUCACUUGAUUUUAUACCACCCACUGUAGAUUCUUUGCAAUUAAAAAACAUCAAGUACCAACUCAUACCUGAUUCAAUUCCAACAACAAUUAUACAUUUAUAUUUACUAGAUGGCUUUAAUCAAUCACUUGAUUUUAUACCACCCACUGUAGAAUACUUGUAUUUACAUAACAUCGAGUAUCAAUUAAAACAUGAUUCAAUUCCAGAAACAGUUACAACUUUAUCUUUACUAGAUGGCUUUAAUCAACCACUUGAUUUUAUACCACCCACCGUAGACUGUUUGCGUUUAGAAAACAUCGAGUACCAAUUAAAACCAGAUUCAAUUCCAACAACAGUUACAAAUUUAUUUUUACUAGAUGGCUUUAACCAAUCACUUGAUUUUAUACCACCCACCGUAGAAUACUUGUAUUUGGAAAACAUCGAGUAUCAACUAAAACCUGAUUCAAUUCCAGAAACAGUUACAACUCUAUCCUUACAAGAUGGCUUUGAUCAACCACUUGAUUUUAUACCACCCACAGUGGUUUGUUUGCUUUUAGAAAAUAUCGAGUAUCAAUUAAAACAUGAUUCAAUUCCAGCAACAGUUAAAACCCUAUCCUUACUAGAUGGCUUUAACCAACCACUUGAUUUUAUACCACCCACCGUAAAAUGCUUGCUUUUAUAUAACAUCGAGUAUCAAUUGAUACCUGGUUCAAUUCCAAAUCAUUUAACAUCUCUUUUUUUUGAUAAUGGUUUCUCUCAACGUUUUACAAAAGGUAUUAUCCCUGGUUCUAUAACUAAUAUUUAUAUGGGUGAUGUGGUCUAUCCUUUAAAACCUAACUCCAUUUCAAACUCCGAUCAAACAAUUGAAUAUCUCUCCGGCUAUGAACAUCCGGAAAUAAAAUUUUAA